AUGGGAUGUGACUGUCCUAAAAGUAGGACACGUUCCCUGGAGAUUAUUAGACUUGAAGCUUAUAACAUCUUGUCAAUUUUGAGAUCACGAAUGCAAAGUACUCCCAGUUACUCUUCGACAUCAAAUUUAGUUCCUAUAUUAGGAUCUGAUACUUCAAGUUAUAAGUCUAAUGAAAUUAAUCUGAUAAGAAAAUUUAGGACUCUAAUCUCGAAUAUUUCUACACAUUCAGAUAAUUUUCUUGAAUUGGAAUAUAUACGUCCAUUUUUGGAAAUACUUGAAGGAUAUGAUGGAAAAAACGCCAAUAUAGUGAUUGCUACUCUGGAAACUUUGUCUAAUUUAUCAAAAUAUGAUUUACUCUGUUUUAAUCCGGAAGUAUCCCAUGAGUUAUUGAAUACUAUAUUUGAUUCGAUUUUAUCGCUCUUUUCCAAGGUAGUGGAACAAAAAGAAGAUUUUUUGAUUAUAAAAUUACUAUCUUGUUUAGAAUUUUUAUUACUUUCUAAAUUGGGAAUCUUUAUUAAUGCCAACAAUAUUACGCGAAUGAUUAAUCUGUUUAUUGUUUUAAUAACCAUUAGAAAUCGUAAUUCUAUAGUUCGCAAGUUCUUUCACCAAAAAAUUGUAGAGAUAUUGUUGGCUUCCCUAAAUAAUGAAAAAACGGAUGAACCAGACGUUUUUAAGAAUCUUUCUUCAAAAAGGACUGCAAUAUAUCUAUUUAUUUCUCUACUUAUAAUGUCUAUGACGAAUACAAACACAUUCACUCUGUCUAUAGAGGAUUCAUAUUUGUCCCUAGCUGACAAACAAGUUUUAACGGAGUUUCGUUCAACUAUGCUCCCAAUUAUACAGAAUGCAGUUACUUAUCAAAAUUUUUCUAAUGAGUUUCAUGAUGAUAUUUGUAAAAUAGGAUUGGUUACAUUGAAUUAUUCCCUUGAAUUCAACCUUUUAAAUCUUGAAGAUAUUUUGGAUAUUACUCCAGUAAUACAGACGCACAUUACCCAUUCAAUAUAUCGCCUUCUUUUUAAUGAUUCCAUAGGAAUAUAUUCACUCGUUUUAAGAGUAUUUUGGAAUCUAUUUGUAAAUUUUAGGUCUUAUAUAAAGAGUCAAAUUGAAAUAUUUAUCACUCAUUUAUUGGGAACAAUCACGAAUUUUAUUUCAUCUUCCAGAUGCUUAAUAAAACCAGAAAUAGUAGAUAUGAAUAUGGAAUUUAUUUUAGACCUAUGCAAGCAUCCAGAGUUGCUGGUGGAAAUUUAUCUAAAUUAUGAUUGCGAUAUCAGAUGCUCUAACAUAUUUGAUCUGUUAAUAAAAACAUUAAUUUCAUGUUUAACUUCAUUCGAUGACGAUAAUUUAACAAAUACAAAUAAUCAACAAAGAACAAAGAGAAAUAUAGGGAAGGGCUCUAAUAAGAAAAAAUUUGUGACUAGCCCGCAACACAGAUUAUCAUCUCAUAAUAUCGAAGGUAUAUCCUGGAAUUAUGAAAUCAUGGGGGCUUAUGGAAUUAAAAAGAUUUUGAAGUUCCUUACGAGUAAUGAUAUGGAAGAUUCUGAGAAUAGGAAUUCUAAACUUAAUUCUGAAAUUAUUGAACAGAAGAAGUGGAAAGAUGAGUUAUCAAAUGCAGCAAACAUAUUCAAUAGAUCCUAUGCGGAAAGUGAAUGGAUAUCAUCUAUUAAGGAACUAAAUCUUAUUAACAAUGUUGAAAACUCGAAUGAUAUAGCUAUAUUCAUAAAGUAUACACCUGACCUUGAUCUAAAAAGAGUUGGCGAAUACUUGGGAACGCAUAAGAAUCCUGAAUUCAUCAGAAGUGUUCUUAAUAAUUUUGCAGGUUUACAUUGCUUUUCUGGAUUACCUGUCGUAAUGGCCAUCAGGUACUUUCUUUCCUCUUUCAGACUUCCCGGUGAAUCUCAACAAAUAGAACGUAUUAUUGAAACAUUUGCGAAGGUAUAUUUUGAAUCACAGCCAAUAAAAAAGGUCGAUUGUUCAUCUGAAGAAAAAGAUUCACCUAGAUGGAUAAUCCUAGAGAAACAUUACUGGGAAUUGGUAUAUUCACAACCUAAUACCAAUGCAGCUCCUGUAGAAUAUACUCCCGAUACUAUUGGUGAUAUAAAUUUCGUUUUUCAAAAGUACCUAAUAUCAAAAGAUCUGGUACCACUAAUAACUAGAGAAAGGUUUACUAAAAUCUGUGAAUCGCUAAAUGAAAUUAAUAAUUUAAAAUCUGAUAUGGUGGUUAAUGAAGUAAAUUUAGAGGCAGAUAAUGAUGUUAAAGAAACGCAUAUAAUACAUAGUUCAGAAAUAAAAACGGGUUUUGUAUCGUUAGAGAAUUCCGAUGUUAUUUUUGUUCUAGCUUACUCCAUCAUAAUGCUCAAUACAGACUUGCACAAUCAACAAAUUAAAAAUAAGAUGAAACUAGAAGAUUUUAUUCGAAACAAUAAAGGAAUAAAUGGUGGAAAGAAUCUUCCCUUUGAAUUUUUGGAAGAUAUAUAUUUGUCCAUAAAAAACCAUGAAAUCAAAUUGCAUCAAAACAUUGAAUUGACAGAUAUUUCUUCCUACGAUCAACAUUUUUGGGUGGACCAUGUUUUGGAACGUCAAAAAAUCCUCGGUAAAUAUAUAACAGAUGUUUCAUCUGAUUCAUUUUUUAUAAAGGAACACUUGCUUAAAAUAUUUUGUCACAACAAUUUAGUCAAGUUUGUAAAUGAACUAUUUUUGAAUGCAAAAUCUGUCAACGAAUUGAAGCAACCCAUAAGGAUAUUUUGGUUAUUAAUACGACUUGGUUUAAAAUUUAAAAAAUAUGAUUUAAUUAACACAAUAUUUCAGUUAACAAGUAUUAAUGUAACAUAUUCUUUGACGUAUAGGUGUCAAAUAUCGAUUGCAUUUAUUUUCAAUGUAUUGGCUGUUGCAUCGGAUUUUUUCGAUUUUGAAUCGUGGUCAAAGACAAUGGACAUAGUUUUGAGACUAUAUUGUCUAAACCUUCUUCCAAUGUCUUUUGCAGCGUUUGAUCUUGAUUCCAGAAUUUACGGGAUGUAUGAGCCAUUGAAUGAUAGUCUUAUUGCUCCUAGUAUUAGAUUCAAAAGAAAUACAGAUUUAAAGAAAAAUGUUGGAUGGUUAGGUGGAUGGACGAAUUUCAUACCAUUCAACAGAACAAAUUCAAACACUAAUGAUCUGAAUAACCAAUCCGCAUUGACAUGUGACAAAUAUUUGGAUAAUGAAGAAUUAGAUAUGGAAGAUCAUCACUCACUUUUAUUUUUGUUCGAUGUUCAGUCAGCGACUAAAGAUAUCCUAGAGAAUCGUUUUUUUGAUGCGUAUUUAUUAAGAAAUAAGUUUAGUCCAAUAUAUUCCACUGAGGAUGAGGAUGCCAUAAAUGAGGUUACUAAGGCUUUAGGAAAUGAUGUAGAUAAAGAGGAAUUAUUGCCUCAGGUCCUUUCAUACAUGAAUAUGCGUUUGGCAUUUUUAAAUAUCUACAAGUUAGACGAUUUAUUCAUGGGUGCGGUAUCUCUUUCAUCGUAUCCUAGCUUUUUGUAUUGCUUAAAGGUUAUAAUAUUGGGUAUUUUCAAACCAAACAUAAGUGAUGAUUCUGAAACAGUAAUAAAUGAAAAUGAUACUACAUCACAAGAGAAAACUCAUAUGCCUAAAUUGGGGACUGUGAAAAUGGAUGUUACACCGCUAAAUGUAGGUUCAAUAUUGGAUCCGUCCCAAGUGGUACUAAAUGCAUUUAGAGAUAAAAUCGCUUCUAUAUUCAAUCUAGGAAUUUUUGCUAGAAUUAUAACGUUCGUUCUCAAGGAUUAUAAAGACAUAAAUCAAGGAGGAAAUGAAGAUGUAUUGAAAAAGCAGAAAAUAGUACUGGCAUAUACAAUAAGGUGUUUUGAUAUCCUUUGUAAAAUUUUCAUAAUCGAUACUGCAAUUCCGCAUCUACCCAGUUUAAAAUAUAUUCUUAAAACGUUCGGUCUAGAAGAUUGUGAAUAUGGCGUUAUUGAAACAAGCGAAACACAUGGUCCAUUAAAUUUGGAGCAAUCUUCAAAAACAUUGGAAAAAACAAAUUCCGUAUUAUAUUCUCAUAUUUGCACUACUUUGCUAAGGUUAAUACUGUGGUUUUCAGAAAAUUCUAGUAUGAAUGUUGAUUCUUCCAGGGAGAGUCCCGACGAGAAAGAUUCAGAAUCUCUGAGUGUUGAAAACAUGAAUAAACAUACUUAUGUAACUACCGUUUUUGAUAUAUACCACACAAUGUGUGCGUGGUUACUCCAUUUAAUUAUUCACUUUGAAAAUAAAGUUUUAAGUAGGCAUUUUGAUGCAUUGGCUAAGGUAUUAUACAAUCUUGCGGGAAAUCAAGACAUAUUGUAUGAUGAUUAUCUUGUUAAUCUUAUUUUGUGUGCUUUACAACGCAUAGUAAAUCCUCAUUUACCAUUUUAUAAUUCUUAUGAAAUAGCUUCAACUCAUUCUAGAGGACAAAAAAGGAAUGAUCUACAUUGCUCAAAUGGUUCCAUAAUAACACUCUUGUUGAGAGGAAGCAAAUGUUUAGUUGAUCUAGAUUCGUCUUAUAUCGCAAGGACAGCUGCUCAAACGCUUUUGUCGAUGGCACUAUUCUCAAAACCACUAAUUGAUAGUAAAAAUGGAAGACCCACUAAAGCGUCUGAUUGGAGUGAAAAUUUAAUCGCAAUCCAAUUACUUAUAGAAUUUAAAUCAUUUACUAAUGAUAAUAGUACCAAUAUAGAAUAUCUUUGGUUAUUAUCGUUACAUUGCCUUUCAAUAAUAUUUUCUGUUGGACCAAUUGAAGUAUCAAAUGAAUCGAUUAGGGGUAUGAAUAAGUUGUUACUGCAGGAAUCCUACCCAGCCACGAAAUGUACAGAAAUUACACAAAUAGUACGGAUAUUUGAUUAUAUAUUAGCACCAAUGUUAACAUCAAAGUUCCAAUACCCUCUACCAAGAGAACAUAUAACGUUACCCCUGGAAGAAAUCAUGGAUUCUGAACCACAGAAUAAGAAUUUUUGGCAUAUUGAAAAUCCAUUUAUGGAUAUAAAUGGGUGCGAUACAAACAUUGAAAAUGAUGCGUCAGAUAACAUAUGGAUGUCUGAUAUCAUUGUAAAGUAUUUAGAGGAGUGUGUUAACAUGGAUAUGGAAGAUAUAUCUGAUCGCAAAGCAUCGGCAACAAACCUAAUCUGCCACACAAUAUUAUCUAAACUAAAUAUUCUAAUAACCGGAGAAAUUCACAAUUAUGAAGAUAUAAGUAAACAUGUUGGAAGCAAUUUGGAAUGUAUACUUCAGUCAUCUGAUGGUGGCAAAUGUUCCGAAUUCUGUCUAAAACAAUUCAUCGUGAUUAUUCAAUACGUUUUAAAUGUAAUCAUACCAAGUAAUGGAGAGAUUCAUAAUGGAAUAAAUCGUGAUACAUACCUAGAAACACUGAAGAACUUUAUUUUGGUUCUACUUACAACUCCAGAACUUAAGCUGGCUCCAGAAGGAUGCAUCACUCACUUUUAUAAUGAUACAGAGUUAAAGAAUUGUUUAGGAAUACUCGAUGGUAUUUCUGAUCUGGAGGGAGUUAGCCCCGGGGAAUAUGUUUUGUCAGCGCUUUUAGCACACACACUAUCUGUUUCGGACUUGCUAAAGGAUCUGUUUCUAGAUAUCAUGAAGGUAGUUUUCCCAUCAAAAGAAUAUGAUAAAUAA